CACACGGAUCCUUGUCUUCACUACAAGCCUGAUUUCUCGACUCGCAUCUCCAUCUGCCUCACUCAACUCCUUCUCCCUGUAUGCCUCUAUCUUUUUCUCCAUCCUCCUUGUUUCUUCCUCUCAUCUCACACACCGUCUUGAAGGAGCAAAACAGAACCAGGAAAAGCUACAGCACAGGUGUAAGGAAGCAUGAGGUUUCUAAAGCACGGCCUGGUCUUUUUCUCCUUCAUCCAGAACUCUCUCCUCUGCCUUUCUCUAAUUGUCACCGCAGCGAGCACAGAUGCUCCAAAGAAGAGUCCAUUCUCAUGGAAAACAGGCAUGUGGAGUGAGUGCAAAGCUUCAGAGUGUGGUUCUGCAGGCCUGCAGGUUCGCUCUGUCUUCUGUGUUCACUCUGAAGGCUGGAGCACACACCAAUCCAACUGUCAGCUCUGGAAGCGUCCAGCUCUCCAGCGCACAUGUGUGAAGGUGUGUGAGUGGCAGCGCCAGCUGUUUGAAUGGCAAACAUCUGCAUGGGGUCCAUGUUCUCCAACUCCUCCCUUGGCUACCGAGCAAUGUGUGACAGCACAGAAUGGCCUGCAGAAGCGUACUGCAAUCUGUGUACUUCAUUUGAAUGGCACCACCGUGAGCUCUCAUAUGUGUGAAACAUUUUCUCCCACCCCAGAGCUGGAAAUGGCGUGUCUGCUGCCAUGCCCGCUUGACUGUGUUGUUUCAAGCUUCUCUCACUGGUCAUCUUGCAGCCGUACCUGUGCUCCUGCUCUACAGCACCGUACACGGCAGGUGUUAGCCCCGCCUCUUUAUGGUGGAUCUCCAUGUCCGAGCCUCACGCAGGUCCGCCCCUGUAGUCAAAAUGUUGCCCAGUGUCCCUCUGACCAACAAAAACACAGCUACAGCUUGUGGGCAGGACCGUGGAGUCCUUGCAGACGCAAAGGCCUGAUGCCUAGUGGAAGGACUACAGUUGAAUUUAGUAAUAGUCUGAGUGGACACAUAGUGGUCAAAUCAUCACAUAACGUCAAGCAGCAUGCUGGGAAUUUCCUCUUUCAUCAUCACCAUGAUCAUCACAGAAGCCUCAAAGCAGCAUGGGAUAUGCACAUCGGCUACCAAACACGGCAAGUUCGUUGCGUGAGAAGUGACGGCAAAAACGCUAUGUUAAGUCUUUGUGACCAUGUUGGCACCAGUGUAAACUUUCGCUCUUGCUUGAUGCCAAGAGACUGUGACGUUGCUGCUUGGUCAGCAUGGAGCCUGUGCUCUAAAACAUGUAGGGCAAUAGAGCAAUCAGCAGGCUUUCGUAGCAGGAAGCGCAGUGUGAGGAAAGUUCCUAUUGCUGGAGGAGAAGAAUGUCCUGCCUUGGAAGAAGUAGAGACUUGUAACACACUGGAAGAGUUGCUUCCACUUUGUCCCAGGUAUGACUGGAAGCUGACGAACUGGGGUCCAUGUCAGAUAAGACCUCUUAUUAGUCAGCAUGACCAUCGCCAUGGCAACAGCAGUUUCCUAUGUGGAGGUGGGAUCCAGACCCGGGAGGCCUACUGUGUUAGGAUAUUUGCCAACACAACAAAAUCCCACAUAUCCCGACCUGUUGGGCAGAACCUAUGCUACAAUCCUCCUCCAUCAAUGAUCCAGUUUUGUUCCAUUCCAUGUUUUAAACCUUGCCAUCUCUCUGAUUGGUCACCUUGGGGACCUUGUAUCCAUGACAACAGUGUAGAGCAUCCUGGAACAAAAGGUUUUAAGUCGAGAAUGCGCUUUAUUGUUGAGGAGCCCUGGGGUGAGUCUGAGAGCUGCCCUCAUGUUAGUGAAGCGAUGACCUGUGAUCACCCCAUAAGCUUCCAGUGGCAUGUGAUAUCUCAGGGACCCUGCAUGCCUCAGGAUGGAGCAUGUGGCCACGGAGUCCAAGAGCAGGCAGUGGAGUGUGUUUCUGUGACAGGAGACGUCGUUCCCAAUGAGCGGUGUCCAGGUGAUCCUCCUCCUCUACAGAAGUCGUGUGAGAUGCCGUGUCCUGAAGAUUGUGUGCUUGGAGAGUGGAGCUCCUGGUCCUCCUGUUCCCACUGCUGCUCCAGCAAACAAGUGCAGGGCAAACAAACCCGCUCUCGUGUCAUUCUCGCACCUUCAGGAGAGCAUGGAAUAGGAUGCUUACCUGCACCUGUCCUAGAGCAGUGGAGAGUCUGUGGCAUUCUGGGCUUCACAGUGUACUACUGGGAAACUUCCCCAUGGGGUCACUGCACUCCAGACUCGGGCACAGACAAGAACAUCACAGAACAGGAAGAGGUGGAGGAAAGGGGGUGUGGCACUGGGAUACAGACUCGCUUUGUGUCCUGUAGGAGAUCCGACAGCGGCAAGCUGGAGCCUUACAGCUGUCCUGAAUCAACUCGUCCAGAACAGAAGCGUUCCUGUAUUCUUCCAUGCAAGAUGGACUGCAUCGUUACACCUUUCAGUGAAUGGGGCCCGUGUCCAACCUCCUGCUCACCAAUGAAUAGCAGUAUUAGGACCCAGUCCAGACAUCGCAUCAUCAUACAGAGGCCAGCCAGCGGUGGUCAGGAAUGUCCAGCUACACUGUUGGAAGAGAGAAAAUGUGACCUGCAGCCUCUUUGCCCAACAUACAGGUGGCAGACGCAUCACUGGAAUCAGUGCAUUUUGGUCCCUGAUUCAGUGAGACAGACGAUUGGUAGCCAUAGUGAAACCUGUGGGAUCGGUCUGCAGACCAGAUCAGUGACAUGUGUUGGGAUGGACGAUGCUCCUGCAGACAUGGCAGAAUGUGUGCAGUGGGCAGGGGCCAUGCCAAUUGCAGUGCAGAAAUGCAGGGUAGCAUGCAAAGAUGACUGCAUUUUCAGCUCCUGGAGCAAAUUCUCACCGUGCCAGAGCUGUGGAGGAUCACGCACUCGAACUCGCACACUCUUGGGCCGCAGUAAGAAAUGGUGGCGUUGCCAGCAGGAGAGACUAGUGGAGAAAGAAGCAUGUCCUUGCUCUGAGUAUCACACACAAGCCCAUGGACUAUGGUCUCCUUGCCUGUUCUCUGAGCUUCAGCCACCUAUUGGGUAUCCUUUUACUAAGAGGAGCUCCCAUCUGGUCCAGAGGAUCACCCAAGCCGAGCAUAUGCAUGCAGAGGGAAAGGAGUGUGGACAAGGAUUGCGCUAUAGAGCCCUGGCAUGUCUGGACCAACAUGAGCGUCUGGUUAAUCCUGCUCUUUGCAACAUCAGUGGUGUUGAAGAGGAAGCGUGUGCAGUGCCGUGUCCUGUCGACUGCAGGCUGAGUGAAUGGUCCACCUGGUCCUCAUGUAGUGCCCCCUGUGGUGGUGGAGUGAAAGUGCGUGCUCGGUGGUUAAGAGAGAAGCCUUCUAAUGGAGGACGACCCUGUCCGAAGCUGAAUGUCAAAAAUCAGGUGUCUGAGGUAGUGCCUUGUUACUCUGAGUGCAAUCAGUACAGUUGGGAAGCUGAGCCAUGGUCCAUGUGUGUCAUCAACCCACCCAGUGCUAUCAGCAUCACAAGACAAACCCAGCCAUCAUGUGGAGAAGGUAUCCAGACCCGGAGAAUCAGGUGUGUGAGGAAAGAAGAGGAACGGCGCAGCAGUGUGAGUGACUCUUUAUGUCGCCAGUUUGUUCGGCCGAUCGCAGCACAAGCCUGCUACCUGCCUUGCCCUGGCCAGUGUGUCACAUCAGAAUGGAGCCUGUGGACUGAAUGUCCUAUGAGCUGUAAUGAGAAGGAAUUUAGAUGGAGGAGUAAAAGAGUGCUGAGGAUGCCAGGAAGUGGACACACCUGUCCUGAGUUGAAUCAGACACAGUCCUGUACCAACACUACCUGUGUCUCCUACUCCUAUGCUUAUUCAGACUGGAGCAGUUGUCGGCUCAGUGACAAUGCAGUAUGUGGCCAAGGAACGAAGACGCGCCUGCUGAACUGCAUUGAUGGAAAAGGAAAGCUCGUAGAACUCAGCAUGUGCAAGGAGUGGGGUCCUUCACGAGGGAAGUUGUCUGCUCCAUGUGAAGUCGGCUGUCCUGUUGACUGCCUGCUGUCUGACUGGUCACUCUGGUCCGAGUGCUCACACACCUGUGGAGCGCAAAGUCAGAUGACACGAUCCAGAUUAGUUGUGCAUCAGGCAGGAGACAGUGGAAGGCCCUGCCCCUCUCAGCUCUCUCAAACAAAACCAUGUCCCAUUCAGCCAUGUUACAGCUGGAUGCUGGGAGACUGGAGCUCCUGCAAUGUGGAGGGUGCGGAGUGUGGUGACGGGGUGAAGGAGAGAAAUAUGUCAUGUGUGGUGCACUGGGGUUCUCUCUCUGGUCCUCCUCAACCCAAAUCAGUGCAGGGGGAGCACUGUGUGGAGAACGGACUAAGUAAAGCAAUGAUGACUGAACUACAGCAGCCCUGCUCCAUCCCAUGUCCAGGAGACUGUCAUCUGACCAGCUGGUCACCAUGGAGUGUGUGUCAGCUGCUUUGUCUGGACGGUCGGAGCUUUGAGAUGUUGGGACACCAGGCUCGAUCCAGAGCAGUGAUUGUCCAGGUUCUGGAGAACAAGGCCUCCUGUCCGAGUCAAGUCUACGAAACACGACCAUGCCAACGAGGAACCUGUCUCAGUUAUGAGUGGGUCACAGGUGAAUGGAAAGAAAAUCAAAGAGCAGUGUGGUGCCAGCGCUCUGACGGGGUUAAUGUCACUGGAGGGUGUUUUCUUCAGACUAAACCCUCUACUGUGCGUCAGUGCACUCCAGCAUGUACCAAGCCUUUCUCCUUCUGUACACAGAGUGGCAUGUGUGGCUGUGAGAAGGGCUUUACUGAGGUCAUGACUUCUAGUGGCUUUUUAGAUUACUGUAUGAAAACCCCAGAGUCAGAUUUUAAGAAAGCAAACAGAAGUGGUGGUCGUCUGAGGCGCUUACACAAGCAGAAUGAGAGUAGAGCCUGGACUCUACAGCCACUCGGACCGGAUGGACAGGUCAGGCUGUGGGUGUACGGGUUAAUGGCAGGUGGAUUCAUCAUGAUCCUACUCAUCAUCACAAUGUCCUUUCUACUGUGCAAAAACCCUAAGGAUGACCCAAACUCCAGCAGGACCCAAAGGGCUUUAGCACUGGCCUAUGAUGGAGACACAGACAUGUGACUAUUCUGCCGAUGAGAAAACAACUUAUGCAACACAGAGACCUCCUGAGAAAAACCAAGGUCAUUCCAGCUGCAAGAACCAUGCUGUUUCAAACCAAGCCCUGUGCCUCUACAUGUAAUGUGUGUGCUUUCAUUUUUUUACGAAACAAAUGUACUAUAAAUGUACAGUGGGCUUAAAAAAAGCUGGAGAAUUAUCACACAGAGAAAAGUGACCUGAAAAUAGAUUUAGUUAAUUUUUCAAACAGAUGGACUCCCUUUAUGCACUAUGUUAGUGCAGUAUAAUAAUGUGGCUUUUGUUUUGUUACAGAUAUUGUAAACUUUCAUGUUGGUGUUGUUUUUAUGAUGCUACAGUUUCAUCUUCUUCAGGAUGACCACCACUGCAUAUUGUUAAUUCUAGACAUUGGAUCAUCAUCAUAGUGUAUGGCUUAAUUCAGUCAGAGGAUCAGCAGCGGUUAUAUAGCUUUUUGUGAUAUGUCUGUCAGGACUGUGUCCUGAAUGGUUUGUAGAAAAAUGUAAAUCUUCUGAGAACAGAGAAUCAUGCACACAUGUUGGACAUAACCCACAUUGAUGGAUGCUGUAGUGAAUUGCCUAGAAUUUGUGGGUAGAUUUUUAAUCCACAUUGUGACAAAAAUGUGAGCCAGCUAACGUGACCCUAAGCCAGCUGCAUCUUUUGCUAAUUCAUUUUAGUAAUUUAAUCUGUCAGAUUCUCUUUUGCCUGCUCUGAAAUUAAGUGAAACCGUCACUGACAUCUGUGCAAGCUGCCCCACUACUUAGCGCUUCUGUCAUUUCCCAUUAGUCCCAAACAGCUGAACUGGACCAAACUUAAACGGAUACCAAGCUGAAGACAAGCAGCAUCACAGAGUUAGUGGAAUCAUUAUAUGUACUGUAGAUGCACAGGAUAAACUUCCAGGAGAAGGCUGCACAAGCGUGGACAUUACAAUUCAAUUAAAAUCAAUUCAAGUUUAUUUGUAUAGCGCAUUUUAUAAUAGACAUUGUCUCAAAGCAGCUUUACAGAACAUAAACAUAGAACAAAAGGUUAAUAUAAAGAUGAAUAGAAUGCAAAAUUCAAGAUUAAUAUUAGAUAUAUUUAGUUCACAAUGUGUAUGUGUAUUUAUCCCCAAUGAGCAAGUCUGAGGUGACUCAGGUGACUGUGGGGAGGAAAAACUUUUUAAAGUUUUUUGAAAAAUUUUAAAGGAAGAAACCUUGAGAGGAACCAGACUCAGAGGGGAACCUCAUCCUCAUUAUACAGUCUGAUAAAUGUUGUAUAGAUGCAGAAGAUCACAUGGAGUUCACAUCUCAUUUUUAGUAUGAGUCUGACUGGAGCUGGUAGAUCUCUAGAUGCAUCAGGAUUCUCAGAGUCCUCAGAGUCGGCCUCAUCUCAGUGGAGGUCCAAAAUCUUCAUCGCACGAUAGGUGGUAAUAUAAUGCAAGCUAAAAACUAGCAGAAAUUAGUGCACAGAAAAACUUCAAGAUUCUAGAUCUUCACUAUACACAGAAAAAAUAAAUAGUUGUCCUCUUUGACUGCAACAAAGGUCAGUCCAG